UGGCGCCUUUUUUUCAUAAUUCAAGUGGCCGGCUAUUGCUGAAGUUUUUACUCUCCUCUCCUCUCUUUUCUCGUUUCACUCACGCUAAAGAUCGUUCUGCGUCCGAAACGUUUUGCGUCUGCGUUGUUUACACUUUACACGUGUUAAGUCAUUGAAGUCCUGGGUACACGGUUAGUUCCUUCAAGAGUCAAGUGCGUUUGUUUGUCUGGCGAAAAUUUAUUUUCAACAAAAUCGACUUGUUAUCCUUGCGUACUUACAACAAUGGCAGAUAUGUCAAUGAAUGUGGGCAUCACGCGGAAAAUGUCGUUCGGUAUCAACAGCAAAUUUAACGGCGUCGAGAGCAAGACACCUUUUCUAAUAGGCGUCUCUGGCGGCACUGCAAGCGGAAAAUCCACAGUAUGCAAGCGUAUAAUGGAGAAAUUAGGACAAGUUGAUAUGGAUCACCAGCAACGCCGGGUAGUCUGCAUAUCACAAGACAGCUUUUACCGCAACCUGACAUCUGCUGAGAAAUUGAAAGCUGAGAAGGGACAAUACAAUUUUGAUCAUCCUGAUGCAUUUGAUGAUGAUUUAAUCUUACAAACACUACAGGAUAUACUUGCUGGGGUCAAGUGUGAAAUACCAGCUUAUGAUUAUAGAACAAAUAGUUUAAUGAAAGAUCAAGUUACCACGAUAUAUCCUGCCGAUGUGGUAUUGUUUGAAGGAAUACUGGUAUUCUACUUCCCUAAAAUUCGUGAUUUGUUUCAUAUGAAAUUAUUCGUAGACACUGAUUCUGAUACAAGGCUUGCAAGGAGAGUACCAAGGGAUAUAAAGGAACGUGGAAGGGAUUUGGAUUACGUCCUAAAUCAAUAUAUGAACUUUGUAAAACCAGCUUUUGAAGAGUUCUGCUUACCAACGAAAAAAUUUGCAGAUGUUAUAAUACCGAGAGGAGCGGAUAAUACAGUGGCAAUAGAUCUAAUAGUGCACCACAUCUGGGAUAUUUUGCGUUUGAAAAAGGCUGAAAACUCAACCGGGCAGCAUCCAUUCUUCUACCAGCAUAGGCGUACCUCGGCCUCAUCCGACACCCUCAGCAGAUGAUUUAAGCAUGAUAAGCUCAGUCAAGCAUUGCAUUUUUUUCUACACUAUACUCCUAUGUAUGACUGAAUACACAAUACUGCUAAUUCUUUUUUAUUUUAAAUACCCGGAUAGAAGUAAUGUCCGUUUUUCAAUACGGAUUUAUUCGUAUUUAAUCGUAUUACAUUUAAAUUAUCAAUAUAAUUUAAUAAUAAAUAAAUUGAUAAAUACGUGAUAUAAAGACAAAUGAUUGUCAAGCAAAUGAAAGAAGAAACAAAUAAAUGUGAUAAAUAUUUUUGUCAUAAUAUUUUGAAACAACGUUUGUCGUCUUGCAACAAAUAUAAAAUUGUCAUGCAAGACUAAAUUUAUGUUUUAUUACAUUUUUACAUUUAUAUUUACAUUCGUUUCUACUGUGAUAUGUAUACAAGAAAUGUAUACUAGAUUAUUAAGCAUAAUGUUUUUUUACUAAUCCAAGUUUUUAGAAAUAUUGGUGAAAACGGACAUUGUUUUCCCCCUAAACAUAUGAUCUUUGAGGAAUUAUAUCUUAUUCUUAUGUAGCGGAUAGAAUGUUUUUUAUAUAUGUUUUAUCUUGUAUGAACAUUUUUGUGUGUACAAUUUUGAAUUGUAAUUUUAAAUCAGAGGAAUGCAUGAAAUUGUGUAGAUUCAAUGAAAGAUAGAUGAAUUAGAAUGUAUUUAUAGCAAUUGAUAUUAAUGAAUCUUUGCAAUUAUUUUCCAAUUCUAAAUUCAGUUUCAACACUUUUUAAUAUUUUUCUAUUUCUUCCUAUAUUGUCGAUAUAUUCUAGCAGUAUUUUGUAUCUUUUAUAAUGCAGUUUAUUGAGUAUAAUACAAUAUUUCUAACAUUUUAUUAAUACAAAUUAUAGUAAUAUAUUUAAAGAACGUGUAACAUAAAUGUUAAAGAAAAGAAAAGACAUGACAUAAAAGGAGUUUUGCUUUAAAAAUAUAUUUUGAUUCAUUAAAUUCUUGAUAAAAUUUACUCAUUUUUCUAGAAAAAAGGAAUGAAGGUAAGAGUCCUAAGAAAAUAUAAAACAGGAUUAAACACUUUUGAAAGUGAUUUCCUAAUUUAAAAGAUUUCCAUCAAUUUAUUUCAACUUCUAUAUUAAUUUUCUUGUGACUAAAUUAUUACUUGAUAUUAUUUAUAUAGCUAUCUAUAGUCAGUCAAGUUUCUGGACAAAUAUCUCAAGUAUUGUGUAAAAAGAGUCUAUGUAUACAUAAUUUGUAUGUAUGUGCACGCAAUUGUGUCUGUGAUAUAUGUUUGUAUAUUUUUGUGUAUAAAUAUAGGUAUUACAUAAAGUUUUAGACUUUUGUUAUGCCUUUUUUUUGUCACUUUCAAUCACUUCAGCAUAUUUUACGUUUUUGCAUAAUAUUUUAUAAUAUGUAUAAACACACGCAAUUAUUCUUUAAAAAGAGCAUAAUUAUCCGAGUUAAUUUAUCUAUUUUGACUUAGUUGUGUAUCUCGAAAUAAAUAUAUAUCUACCGCAUUCUAUAAUAUUGAUUCUUAUAAAUAGAUAUAAACAAGAAAUAUGCCAAAACUGUUGUUGCAGUUCUUUUCAAUAGCAUUUCCGGCAAGAAAUCUCAAAGCUAGAGCUUUGCUUAAUGUAAUUCGUAAUAGAAUAUAUAAUUUGUACAACUUUCAUUUCAUUUGUACAAACUCAUAGUAGAAUGUAUAAUUUGUACAAUACUUUCUCUAUAAUAGUUAUUAAAUCUGAGAAAUGCAAUUUUUUUUAUCAUCUGUUUGUUCAUUAGCUUCUUAUUAAAAAAAUUUAAUUUUUGAUUAUUUAUAUACAUAUAUUUUAUUUUCACACCUUUAAGACAAUAUCAAUUCUCAAUCUACAUAUUAUGUUAUAUAUUAUAUUUAGAUUUAUAAUCAACAGAGGAUAUAAGCUUUGGCAAACAACCCUAUUGUACAUUGCUAAUAAAGAAAAGAAAAAAAACUUCCUGUAUUGUAAAAUGAUAUAAUGAACACAAGUGUCUUAUGCAUAAUAAACCAUGUAUGUCAUAUGUAAUCAUAAUACGAUUACAAUUAUCUAAAAUAUCAGCAAUUAAUAAUCCAGAUAUCUAUAAACAAUAAUGAUAUAUUGCUCCAAAAUUUUCUACAAUAUAUAUUGCCAAUAAAAAGGAGUUUUAUUAUCCCUGAUAUACAUGAUAUGCGCAUUACUAUUCACACACUGACGUUUCAUGAUCUGUUACAGUGGCGAUAGAUCUGAUUGUGCAGCAUAUAAGAGACUUCUUAAGCAACCGUGGUAGGGAAAUGUCGGAGGCUGAAAGUCCAAUAAACAGGAUAGAGGAAUUGUUCAAGAGGCCACAUUAACUUUUGCAAUUUUAAAGAGUUUCUCAGAGAUCUUCUAAUCGUGUUGUGCUUCUUUUCGAUACAGAUCAUUUUCUUUCUUUUGAUAUGUAGUCUUUUCAUUAUGUAAAUGUAGAGCAUAAGAAGAAAUCUCUCGAGAUCAAUGUUAUUAGGAAUUUUCAUCAUUGUUUUAACAGUACUUAUUAAAAGUGUUUACAUUUUGCAGUGAUAUUUGAAUUAAAACGAAUUAAUUAUUUUAAUUGUGAGAGUAAAUGCUUAUACACAAAUAUAUAUAGAUAUGUGUAUAGUAUAUAGUAUAAAGGAUACAUAGGAUAUGAUCAAAAUGUAUAGCAAAGCUGCAAGAACAAACUAUAUGUAAUACAAGGAUACAAAGAAUCUAUAUUUAUAUUAGACAGAAUAAAUCUCUGUCCAAAUCUUACAACUUUUUAUAUAAUCUACAAUUUGUUUUGCCGCAUUUUUGAACUAUAUCCUGUAUCUGCAAAUCACAAAAAACAUUAAAUCAAAUAAAAUGUACUGUUGUGUGCAGCACAGUUAUAUAUAUAUAUAUAUAUAUAUAUAUAUAUAUAUAUA